AUGCCUACUGACAUUGUUUCCAGGACCGCUGAUUUCGAAUCAGGUGUAGGGUGCCUAUACGAAGCUGAGAAAGAAAGCCUUGGAUCCAAAAAGUAGGUAGGCAACACCGCUCAUAUCAACAACCGCUCGUCCCGGAAUGGACGCAGCGGUCCUCAUAGAGCUUGGAGUGAGGAUCACUCCGACAUUUCGAAGAAUUUCAAAAAGAUGGCAAAGUUCUCGGUUUCUGUCGUUCGAUCUCUCUUUCUCUUCAGCUCAAACACUUUCCUGGCCUGGAUCACGUUCAGCAACAUACGUAUCCUGCAUAUCAGCCUCAGUAUCAGCAUAUUGGAUUUGAUCCUUCUCAGCAACAACCAUGUUCAAUUUAUCAACCAGAGCACCAUAAUGUUGCACUGGAUCUGGAAAACUUUCCAUACAACCCAUCUGAGCCGCGGACUCUGGACAAUCACAUGUCCAUGACAAUAGCACCGCAAACCACCGCACCAAACGAGCUCCCUACUAGGGCAAAGGAGGACACAAUUCGAAUCAGUAACCCUGUCUUCUCCCAUCAGUGCCACCACUUUAUCUCAAACGCGAUCUCCAAUAGGCCCACUUCCCACAACCCCAAUUUCAUCAUCACCAGCGGUAAACCGAAGUCUCCAUCACCAAAAGCAAAGACUUGCAUGCCCCCAACCCACCUGCACCACCACAUUCAAUCGCGCAUACGAAUUAAAGCGUCACGUCGCCACUGUCCAUGGAGUGAAAGAGAAAUGUGCUCGUGGUUCUUGUCGGUACAGAACAGGGAGGAAAGACAAGAUGGUGGAGCAUGUGAGGAAGAUGCAUGGGAGGAGUUAGAGUUCUGGUGUGAACUUUUCAAGAAGCAGCAAUUGUUGUGCGAUUUGCUACAGGCAUGGAAAUAUUGAGUACAUUAGCAAUGCAAUGAG